AUGCCGCUGGGGCAGCGCGCGCCCGCCUGGAAGAAGAGGACGGACGACAUCGGCCGCAUCUACGACUUCCGCGAGGUCCUGGGCACCGGCGCCUUCUCCGAGGUGGUGCUGGCCGAGGAGAGGAGCACGCGCAAGCUGGUGGCCAUCAAGUGCAUCGCCAAGAAGGCGCUGGAGGGCAAGGAGACCAGCAUCGAGAACGAGAUCGCCGUGCUGCACAAGAUCAAGCACCCCAACAUCGUGGCCUUGGACGACAUCUACGAGAGCGGCAGCCACCUCUACCUCAUCAUGCAGCUGGUGUCGGGCGGCGAGCUCUUCGACCGCAUCGUGGAGAAGGGCUUCUACACGGAGCGCGACGCCAGCGCCCUGAUCCGGCAGGUCCUGGACGCCGUCAAGUACCUCCUGGACGAGGACUCCAAGAUCAUGAUCAGCGACUUCGGCCUCUCCAAGAUCGAGGGCUGCGGCAGCGUCAUGUCCACGGCCUGCGGGACGCCCGGCUACGUCGCCCCCGAGGUGCUGGCGCAGAAGCCCUACAGCAAGGCGGUGGAUUGCUGGUCCAUCGGCGUCAUCGCCUACAUCCUGCUCUGCGGCUACCCGCCCUUCUACGACGAGAACGACGCCAAGCUCUUCGAGCAGAUCCUGCGCGCCGAGUACGAGUUCGACUCGCCCUACUGGGACGACAUCUCCGACUCAGCCAAAGACUUUAUCAAGCACCUGAUGGAGAAGGACCCCGGCAAGCGCUUCACGUGCGAGCAGGCGCUGCAGCACCCCUGGAUCGCCGGGGACACGGCCCUGGACAAGAACAUCCACCAGUCGGUGAGCGAGCAGAUCAAGAAGAACUUUGCCAAGAGCAAGUGGAAGCAAGCCUUCAACGCCACCGCCGUGGUGCGGCACAUGCGCAAGCUGCACCUGGGCACCAGCCAGGAGGGGCCGGCGCCGGGGCCGCCCGCCGGGCCCUGCUGCAGCGACCGCCUCGGCGGCACCAGCAACGGUUCGCACUGCGAGCGCUCGCCGGCAAACGGGGCUCAGCGGCUCCCGCGGGACUGAGCGCGGCACC